CAGAUGGGAUACUACGUGAGUCACUGGGGAUGUUUCACAUAAGCAGCACAUCUAAUCGAAAGUCAGACAAUAUUUCACUGUAAACAGGAUGGCAAUUUCUCAUCUAAACACCCGGUAUAUCAGCUCGGGACUUUCCUAACUGGCGGUUGACACCAUUCAAACAGGAAUACCAGCUUUCGCCACGCUUGAGAGAACCACCAUUUUGUGAAUCAUGGCUAGCGGCAUGGACAUCUCGGUAGCGGUUCUAAUUGUCAUGGGAGUUUUCCUAGCCACGGCUCUCACUCACGGCAGUCCUCUUAAAGUGGCCUCCUUCAACAUCAAGUGGUUAGAUGAAAGAAAAGUUACAGACCAUUCUAUUCUCGAUGUUCUGGUUAAGGUUCUAGGACGUUAUGAUCUCAUCCUGAUAGAGGAGUUGAGAGGAAAUCCCCAGGACGUCAUAUCAAAGCUUGUUGCUGAGCUAAAUAUACAUACCAGUAGCCCGUACGCAUUUAAAAUCAGCCCGCCUCUGGGACGUACCAGUUACAAGGAGGAGUAUGUUUAUAUUUACAGGAUAAGUAUGGUGGUGAUUCACGGCGUGGAACACUACAGCGACCCCGGCGACCUGUUCGAGAGGGAGCCGUUCAUUAUCCAAGUACAUCUACCCUACCAAACACUGAAAGAUUUUGUAUUUAUUGGAAUUCACACAAAACCUGAUAAAACCAAGGAAGAGAUUGGUCAUCUUGUCCAGGUCUAUGAGCACGUGGUGUCCAAAUAUGGAAUAAAGGAUGUUCUGCUGGCGGGUGACAUGAAUGCCGGAUGUCAUUACAUGUCUGAGAGUGAAGUCAUGGCUUCUCCUCUUCACGGUUCCAGAUUCACAUGGCUUAUCCCAAGCUCGGUGGACACGACAGUCAGUACUCACACCGACUGUGCCUACGACAGGUUUGUGGUGGCCGGCGACAAGAUGAGAGGUUCCAUCAUCCACGGAAGUGCCAAACGUUAUAACUACCAGCAGGCUCUGGGGCUCAGUUUUGACCAGGCUUGGGCCGUAAGUGAUCAUUUCCCCAUCGAGGUAGAGAUCUCCUAGAGAACGUGGUAUUACCCAGACAUGCGCAGAGAGUGCAUACCGGCGAGUCUUCAACAACUGCAGUCCGAGUGUUUAAGUCGAAUCAAAUAAAGUAAAAAU